CGCGCGUCAGUGCGGCGCGACGCGCUGUCGGGGUCGCGCGGGGCGGCUCUGGAGCUCCGCGGUCCUCCGCCCGCCCAGCGCAGGGCAGGUCCGGAACGCUGGUCUCGGGGCCCUCGCCGAGACAGUGAGCCUCAGGGGGAGGCCGGGCCGCCCUGUCCUGAGCCCGGCUGCUUUGGUGUCGGGUAGGAGGGAGACCGGGAGUGGAAAGGAACCGCCAAAAGAAAUCUGCGCGCCUGCCCACAGUGCGGUCUCGUGUCCUCGAAUCUGAGUAUUGGAAGGCAUUUGGCCUCUACCCCAGGCGCCUGUGCAGACUUCUCUGAGAAUUGAGGCAUAGGAAAAGUGGCCCUGGGCUUCCUUUCUCUAAUUUAAGCAGGUUACAUACCAGUACCAGUGACUGACCAAAUCUGAAGAAGAAUGGCAGCUGUGGGCAGCCUGCUUGGCCUGCUCCAGCAGAGUGUUGUCAAGACAACUGCCCCUAGGGCCUGCCACCUGCACACGUCCUCCUGGCUGGCCGACAGCAGCAGGGCCUUUCUCACUCGCCUGCGUCGCCAGGCCUAUGCACGCCUCUACCCGGUGCUGCUGGUCAAACAGGACGGCUCCACCAUCCACAUCCGCUACAGGGAGCCUCGACGCAUGCUGACAAUGCCCUUAGACCUGGAUGCCCUGUCUCCUGAGGAGCGCCGGGCCAGGUUGCAGAAACGAGAGGCUCAGCUCAGACACAAGGAGGAAGAACCAGAUCUUGCUGAUGACUUUGACGCUGAGCGUUACAGACAGUUUUGGAUCAGGACUAAGAAGUGACAGUGGCUUGAGGACACUGUAAAUUACAUGAACCUGAAAUCACCAACUCUUGUCAGUGUCUUCCUUUAGGUAUGUGCCCCAACAUAACAACUCAUCACCUCUCAAAAAUUCAACCUGGAUGUGGCGGCACAGGCGACGCAGGAGGCUGAGGGAGGAGGAUGGCAAGUUUGAUAGCCUGGGCAGUUCAGCAAGAUGCUGUCCCAAAGCUGGGAGUGUAGGUCAGUGGCAGCCUUUGAGUUCAGUCCCCUCUUUUAGAGUUCAGUACACGCCAUAUGCAUAUACACAUAAAAGCACCUGCUCAGAGCCAGAUGGGCUGUGGGGCUCAGAGCAGACUGGAGGGUUUGGGAUGGGUUUAGGUGAAACCCGGGAGAUUUAGAUAGAACUGCAAAGCCGUGGAGCAUGUGGGCAGCCAGGGAAGGAAGCAUCCAGAAACCCCCAGCUCUACCCUUCCAGUCUCAGGAGCACUCAGGGUUAUUGCUCCAACCGGAUUCUCCUGUUACAAUGGCCCACACUGCUGCCCAGUGUCCACUGCUUCCUCCCUGCUUGGCUCCCCUAGACCAUCCAUGCCUCGUGCUUCUGCUCCCAUGGG